AUGGCAAAGAAUCCUCCGGAGAACUGUGAGGACUGUCACAUUCUAAGUGCAGAAGCUUUUAAAUCCAAGAAGAUAUGUAAAUCACUUAAGAUUUGUGGACUGGUGUUUGGAAUCCUCGCUCUAACUCUAAUUGUCCUGUUUUGGGGGAGCAAGCACUUCUGGCCAGAAGCACCCAAAAAAACCUAUGACAUGGAGCACACUUUCUAUAGCAAUGGAGAGAAGAAGAAGAUUUACAUGGAAAUCGAUCCCGUGACCAGAACCGAAAUAUUUAGGAGUGGAAAUGGCACUGAUGAAACAUUGGAAGUACAUGACUUUAAAAAUGGAUACACUGGCAUCUACUUUGUAGGUCUUCAAAAAUGCUUUAUCAAAACUCAGAUCAAAGUGAUUCCUGAAUUUUCUGAACCAGAAGAGGAAAUAGAUGAGAAUGAAGAAAUUACCACAACUUUCUUUGAACAGUCAGUGAUAUGGGUCCCAGCAGAAAAGCCUAUUGAAAACCGAGACUUUCUCAAAAAUUCCAAAAUUCUGGAGAUUUGCAACAACGUAACCAUGUAUUGGAUUAAUCCCACUCUAAUAGCAGUUUCCGAAUUACAAGACUUUGAGGAGGACGGUGAAGAUCUUCACUUUCCUACCAACGAAAAAAAAGGGAUUGAACAAAAUGAGCAGUGGGUGGUCCCUCAAGUGAAGGUGGAGAAAACCCGUCACGCCAGACAAGCAAGUGAGGAAGAACUUCCAAUAAAUGACUACACUGAAAAUGGAAUAGAAUUUGACCCCAUGCUGGAUGAGAGAGGUUAUUGUUGUAUUUACUGCCGUCGAGGCAACCGCUACUGCCGCCGCGUCUGUGAGCCUUUACUAGGUUACUACCCGUAUCCAUACUGCUACCAAGGAGGCCGGGUCAUCUGUCGGGUCAUCAUGCCUUGCAACUGGUGGGUGGCUCGCAUGCUGGGGAGGGUCUAA